AUGGUUCUACUUCUUCUUCUUCUUCUAAUUCUGAGUUCUGACAAGCUUUUUGAGAAUGUUUUUCAUACUUUUGUGAAGCAUGUGGAUUUUAGUACUAUACGGUGUGUCGUAAUAGGAAGUCCUGGUUGUGUAAAAGAUGAGUUUCGAGGUUAUUUACUCCCAGAAGCACAGAGGUUGAAGCUGAAGUCUAUUGAAGACAAGAAGUCACGCAUUGUUGUUGCCACUACAAGUCCAAGUAAUACACAUAAUUUGAGCGAGGUUUUGAACGACAAUGCAGUCAUAAAUUUGAUCAGAGAAACGAAUGUUGUGCUAGAGAUUAGGGCGUUUAAGGAGUUCUUAGACAUGGUAACGAGUAACUCUGAUCGUGCAUGUUACGGUUCCAAGAGUGUGGAAACUGCACAUGAGAUGCUGGCAAUUGAGACCCUUUUGAUCACCGAUGAUCUUUCAGGAGCGUUGAGAUUGAGACGAGGCAUAAGUAUGUUGGGUUGGUUAAGUCAGUGA